UGUGGUUUGAGGAUAAAACGCAGGAUUUGAUGACGUCACGUUUGUUUUUACGCAAUAAUAGACAGUUUGGAUAACAAAAUGUCGCUCAACACUGCUCAUGCUCACGGCGGAGUGCUUAUAUUUGCUGGGGAAAGAAUCCUCAUCUAUUAUGAUGGGAUUGAAAUGUCCUAUGAUGGUCCCAAUGGGAUGCCUCACUUUAAGGGGAAGAAGAAAGGGAGUGUCUACCUGACUACUCAUAGGGUGAUUUUCAACUGCACUGACCCAAAAGACCAGAUGCAGUCCUUCAGCAUGCCCUUCUUGAACAUGCGAGACCUGGAGCUGGAACAACCCAUCUUUGGCGCCAACUACAUCAAGGGGCGGAUCCUGGCCGAGCAGGGAGGCAACUGGACAGGUGAAGCCAGGUACAAGAUGUACUUCACUCAUGGUGGAGCAAUAGAGUUUGGUCAAGCCAUGAUGAAAGCUGGGCAGCUGGCCUCACGUAAUAGGCCACCUCAGCCACCACCCUACACUCCACCCAUGGGCAAUGUGUACCAGGCCCCGCCCCCAGCCUAUGCCCCGCCCCACACACCACACUAUGACUGGGUCCCAUAUCAAACAUUCCCAACAGCUCCACCACAGGAUGGUGUGUACAUGUCGGAAGCUCCCCCACCGUACCCUGGAGUGGAUCCCAACGCUCCGCCCUACCCCCCACCUCAGGCUAACGGCCAUGAUGCGAAGGCCCGGGAGGCGGCUGGCAGUGCCUACUACAGCCCAGCCAAUCCUCACAAUGUCUACAUGCCCUCGGACCCUCCCCCCUCAUAUGACGAGGCAUCAAAGAAAACCAACUAGAUCACUGGACCUAGCUCGGAACAACUCUGAUGCUGUCUGUAAUGGCAGUCGGAAAAAUUCAAAUUGAAAGUUUAUAAAAGUUGUAUUGUUAUGAAGGUGACGAAAGUGACAUGGAAAGACUGGAAGUAUAUAUAUGUACUCCUCAUUGCACAUUUUAUAUAUGUUUACAUUCACAUUGUGAACUGGAACAUUAAGAUAUUUGUCAUAGGUAUUAUUUAGAUUGUCCUUUGCAGCUGUUUUUUUCUCUGUGCAUGGUACAUGCCAAUAUUGUUUCUUCUUUAAUGACAGCGUCUAUUAUUAAACAUGUACUAAAAUGUGAUAUUUCAUGUGCCUAGAGAUACCAAUGAUAACACUUUGAACAUUGAGGAAUUGUGAAGAUGUAAUGUGAAGCUCCAUUAAGAAGACAUAGGGACAGGUGUUUUUUUGUCAAGUGAUUUUGUUAUGAUAAAACAACAUUAGUUUAUAGAAUAUCAUCCCAGUAAAUCUAUCAGUGGAGUAGCCUAAGGGUUUCUAGUCAUGCCAAGACCUGGGUUUGAUUCCUCACAUGGGAACAGUGUAUGAAACCCAUUCUUGGACUCCCCUGCCAUAGUAUGGACUUCUCCAUGACAGCAUUGUCUCCACAUUGGCAGGUAUUAGAUUUCCAAUGACAAGGCUGUUUGUAAUGUACUGUUUGACCAGUAUUUCACUGACUUGAUAAAAAGGAACCAAAUGUCAUUGAAAUCUUGUGUUCCAUUUCUAAAGCAUUUUAGUACAUGUUUAUGUUAUUCUGUUAGACUGUUAUCUAUUGUAUACCCGUUGAUUGUUUUGGCUGUAGGUUUUUAGGGAUCUCUGGAUCAGACAACUUGUGUAAAUUGUUGAUGUUGUAUAUCAUGUAUAUAUGCUACUGUACAUUACUGUGUGACACAAAUAAAUAUAUGUACACAAUGAGACCAAACUUCCUGAACUGAAUGUAAAUAUUACUGUUAAUAUAUCCAGUUUUUGUUGGGUUCAUCAUUCUUCAGUUUGCCAAACUACCUUGGAGGUCCAGUAGAACAUGUCCAGUCAUUCUCCUUGUUAGAGAUUCGACUUAGUUGAUGUUUGCAAGCUGAAGUAGUGUCAAAAAUAUAGAAACAAGUCAGAUUUGUGAUGCAAGAAAAGUUGUUCCUUUUGCAUACCUGUCCUGACUGGACACAUGGGCUUCCCAAGGGAUCUGAGAAAGAAAUUUGUGUGCACACUGAUCCAUUGACUGGGUUGACCACCUGCGACGUGCUUUGAUUAUGAAUCUAUAUGGUGUCUAGCACACUGAAAUGGACAACAAUGUAUCAUUCUAUAAACAUUAUGGGCAAUAUUUGUGAUGAGCUGAUGAUGGUUAUUAUGUGUAGUGUUGAUCAUUGUCAUGGCAAUCAUAAUGCAUGUACCAGUAGGGGGAUCAUGUAAUGUCUGAUGACCUCAUGGUACUGAGCAAGUCUCCUGGUAAACUGCAUCAAUUGAACAAAAUGAAACCAUUCACACACAUUUAUAUAUGUAAGGAAAACACUGAGUAUAAGGUUUGUAAUGAAGAAUCUGGCUUAUGAUAUUUAUUAUUUUUCCUUUUUGAUAAUCAUCUGUGAUUGAUGAACUGACACUAUGCUGAUGUCUCCUUACAGUGUAUUCUUUGGAAACAUUACAUUAUCAGUAUAUUUAACUCAAUAUUUAUAAACAUUACAUUUUUAUUAAACAUUUUUGUCUACAGGGUUUGACACAGCCGCUGGUCAGCUGGUUGGAUACUUGUGAAAAGUUAUAAGGACUAGUGAUGUAAUGUUAAUUAAACAACAACUGUGAAAUGAAUUGAGGACUAGUUGGAUCCAGUUCAUAGUGUCUACCCCAGUUUUACUGUGCUGGUAAUUUUCAGCAUCAUUUGACAAUACUGUACCCCAAGAAUUCUUUAUAUCAAUUUCUUUUUUGAAGCCUGGUUAACUUGCAAUCAUCUGAUUUCCUAAAAGACUAUGUGGUUAUUAACUACUGAACAUAUCCAGACACCCUCGAUGAAGACAUUGCAUGUUGAUGUGCCAUUGUUGAUAUUCUCAAUAAAUCUGUUUGAAGCAGAA